AAACCGAUUGAAAAUAAGGCGUUCCGUGUACUGGCGAUGCUCUCUCCAGAUGAAGAUGUGUUUCGAGGCGUCUCCAGUUUCCUUGACAUGCUCGGUCUAGCUGUCCAUCGUGACUACUGUGAGCACGGUCUCGCGAGCAGGCUGGUGAAGAAAACUCUGGCGCUCGGUGAGGAGCGAGGCUACUCGGCGUCAGAGGUACAGAUCUCCAAUACCUUGUCGGAGAAGAUUUACAAUAAACAAGGUUUUGAAACAAUUAAGACCCUUGAUCUGGCGACUGUGGAAGAUGAAUUUGGCCUUGACAUAUCUCUCAUACCCGGUGAAACUAUCCUGAAGUUGAUGGUCAAACGCCCUCCCAGCAUCGUCUUGGGGCAAUAGAAACUUCAGCAGCUCUGGAUAAGUUUAGGUUUUUGGUUAAGUUUAGGCUUAGGAGGGAGAUAGGAAGAAACUGGUUCACAAAUAGGGUGGU